GAUUUCCAGAUCUACCCGCGAAUCCAACGAGAGCUGAACCCACGAUGGUUGUCAGAGCUGCUUCAGGAACCCUGGGCGGGGUGUCGAUGAAGCACCUGUCCCUUGUGACGCUCACCUUCCAGAACUCCGCCCUCAUCUUGAUUAUGCAUUACUCAAGGGUAAUGCCUCUAGCUGGAGAGCAGAGAUAUCACGCAAGCACAAGCGUCUUUCUGAAUGAAGUGAUCAAGCUAGCUAUAAGCUUGACUAUGGCAUUAUACGAGAUGUCCGGCAACCUUCCUUCGAACACGACCGUCCCGACUUUGUUCCGCACCAUGACGACCGCGAUGUUCACCAACGAGAGCUGGAAGCUUGCGAUACCCGCGGUCUUAUACACGAUACAAAACUCCCUUCAAUAUGUUGCUGUCAGCAAUCUGGAUGCUGCAACCUUCCAAGUUACCUACCAACUCAAGAUUCUGACGACGGCUAUCUUCAGCGUUUUGAUGCUAGGCCGACGCCUCUCGACACGCCAAUGGUUAUCUUUACUACUUCUCAUCGUCGGCGUAUCCAUUAUACAAGUACCGCAAGCGACCGCACCUUCAGCCACAGCAGGGGCAGGAUCGUCGUCAUGGACGAAGACACUGGAGCAACUACAUGAUUUAGGCGAGAAUGUCGCUGGGCGGGUCUUGAAGCGAUCUGGUUCAUAUGAGGGUAUACACGAGGAUCGUGCAGCUCAGGUACCUCGCAUGAAUAGUCGGGUUGGGCUCUUGGCUGUUCUGAUCUCCUGCGCCCUCUCAGGCCUGGCUGGAGUCACCUUCGAAAAGAUACUGAAGGAAUCUUCGAGCGCAAAGCUGACACCGCUCUGGGUGCGCAACUGCCAGCUCUGUUUUUGGUCACUGUUUCCUUCGCUAUUCUUGGGUGUUAUCUGGAAGGACGGAGAAGUGAUAGCAAAGACUGGGUUCUUCGUUGGUUACAACUGGGUGGUGUGGACGGCCAUUGGCUUUCAGGCAGCCGGCGGUGUCAUUGUUGCGCUCGUCAUUAACUAUGCGGACAACAUUGCGAAGAACUUCGCGACGUCGAUUUCGAUUUUGCUCAGUUGUAUAGCCAGUGUGUACUUCUUCGAUUUCAAGGUGACGCGAUCGUUCUUCAUGGGCACCUGUGUCGUGCUGCUCGCUACCUAUCUCUACACCAAGCCUGAGCGGGGCUCGCAAUUGCCCCCAGUUAGGAUUGCCGACUUCGAGAAGACCACAGUCGAUCGCACGUAUGAUGCAGAUAUGCCUCGGAGCCCCACAGGCUAUAUCAUGGGCGACAGGAAUCAUCCGUCUAAUAACCCCCAGCGGCUCGGCGCUCCCCGUCGCGCAUCGCAGUACGACGUUCUUCGGUCCCAGUUCAAACAGCAAGAAAGACAAAUCGCUCUUCGAGACCGUUAUCGUGCCACUCAGCACGAGCAUCCCAUAUACGACGUGGUGGAGGAUUAUGAUGAUUCGUAUGAUCAUGGUCCCCAACUUGACUCAUUUGAUGAUAGACUGCUUCAACAGCCAGUCCCUAAUCGCCUGCAACAAGCUGCACUAGGCAGGACGCGGCUGUCAUUUGCACCUGGCCCGUCCACGUUCAUUAGCAAUGCAGCGCCCAGUCAACCGCAGCAGCCUUUCCGUGCUCAUAGAAACACGAUAUAUGAUGAGGAAGGUACUUUUAACUCUGGCCCCCAAAAUGCAGCUACUCAUCGAGAAGCCGAAUAUCACCUGCGUCCCAAACAAUUCGUGCGGGGUCAACUAAGUCGUUUCGCCCACAAUCCCGGGCCCUUCCCAGAAACAAGUUCAGAUGUACCACUCGGCCGCUCAUCCAGCCCAGCGUUCAAGGCAAGCCAGAGGCGUGCUAAGCAAGUCAUUCCCACCACACCCCAACGCGAAGCAGAACCUCAACUCUUCGAGGAUGAAUUCCAAUCCCCUAUUGAGGACCAUCAACGACACUAUCUGCGUCCUUGCAAACAGCUUGUCCAGAAUGGCUUGCAACCGAGAGAGGAUGUCAACCCUCAACAUCGUCAACAUCGUCUUCCAAAGUCGCAGCCAAACCCAGUCGAUCUGUCUCAUGCCCUUCCCACGUGCCAGGGCAUUCGUCUCGUCCCUGUUACAACUCUACCCAAUCGUCUCCGGACCGUGUUUCCCUAUCCGACUUUCAAUGCCGUACAAUCCAAAUGUUUCGAAAGGGUGUUUAAUACCGACGACAACUUUGUGCUUGCAUCUCCUACGGGAAGCGGAAAGACUGUCAUCCUUGAGCUUGCCGUGUGUCGCGCUGUUGCCACCAACGCGACGGGUCAAUACAAGGUGGUUUACCAAGCGCCGACCAAGGCUUUGUGCUCCGAGCGCCAACGUGACUGGGAAGCCAAGUUCAAUCAGCUCGGGCUCAAGUGUGCUCAGCUGACCGGUGACAGCGACGCAGGGGAUCUUCGCAACGUGCAGAGUGCCAAUAUCAUCAUAACUACACCCGAGAAGUGGGAUAGCAUGACUAGGAAGUGGAAAGAUCAUGAGAAGCUCAUGAGAUUAAUUCGAGUGUUUCUCAUCGACGAAGUCCAUAUACUCAGAGAAGAUCGCGGUGCCACACUCGAGGCGGUCGUGUCGCGGAUGAAGUCCAUAGGCACCAACGUUCGCUUUGUAGCUUUGUCGGCCACGGUGCCUAACUUUAAUGACAUCGCAGCAUGGUUAGGGAAGAAUUCGUCCGAAUCCAACACCCCGGCUGCUAACGAGAAAUUCGGUGAAGAGUUCCGCCCGGUCAAACUGCAAAAAUAUGUUCGAGGUUACAAUACCAGCUCCACCAACGAUUUCGGGUUUGAGAAGGUGCUCGAUGCUAGGAUCCCUGAGGUCAUUGCUACCUAUUGUAAGCGGAAGCCGAUAAUGGUUUUUGGUGCGACCAGGAACUCUACGGCCAAUACAGCAAAGCUCAUUGCGAAAUGGUGGGAAUCGUCAUCUAGCAGGAAUCGCAUGUGGGAACCUCCCUCCAAGCUGCCUGCGCUCUCUAACAAAGAGCUUCGGGAAACUGUGGCUUCAGGUGUUGCUUUCCAUCAUGCAGGGCUUGACCUGGACGACCGGAUGCAGGUUGAGAAAGGUUUCAUUGCUGGCGAGAUCAAUGUCAUUUGCUGCACUUCAACGCUCGCAGUUGGUGUCAACCUACCCUGUCAUCUCGUAAUCAUCAAGAACACGAUGUCCUGGGGUGCGGAAGGACUCCAGGAGUAUUCGGAUCUGGAGAUGAUGCAAAUGCUUGGCCGCGCAGGACGACCUCAAUAUGACGACUCAGCAGUAGCGGUUAUCAUGACUCGACAAGCAAAAGUCCGCCGUUACGAGAAGUUGGUAACUGGCCAAGAUCUUAUAGAAAGCAAGCUCCAUCUCAACUUGGUGGAUCAUAUGAACGCCGAAAUCGGACUGGGAACGAUCAGCGACCUACUGUCGGCCAGAAAGUGGCUCAGAGGCACGUUUCUUUACGUCCGGCUCCAGCAGAAUCCCAACUUCUACAAGCUAGAUGGCUCUCGAAGUGGUCAGAGUAUCGAAGAACAGGUCGAUGAUAUAUGCUUUCGUGACAUUACCCUCCUGCGCGAGACCAAUCUCAUAUCUGGCGAAGAGUACUUUCGAUCUACAGAGUUUGGUCAAGCUAUGGCACGAUACUACGUUAACUUCGAUACUAUGAAAACAUUCAUGGGACUUGGGUCAAAGUCCACGCCUUCUGAGAUACUCUCAGCUAUGGCUCAAGCUACCGAGUUCUCAACCAUACGUUUCCGGCAAGGCGAAAAACCCUUUUAUAAAAUGCUAAAUAAGUCGCCUUCGAUCCGUUGGCCCAUUCCUGUCAACCUUGAUCUCCCAGCCCAGAAAGUAUCCCUCAUCAUCCAGUCUGUCCUCGGAUCCGCCGUUAUCUCAUGGGAUGGCGAGGCGGGCAAACACCGCUCGCAAUACGUAACUGAGACACAGAUUAUCUUCAAAAACAUCAGUAGCCUUGUGCGAUGUAUUAUUGACUGCCAGAUCAUCUUAGCGGACUCAGUCAGCAUUCACAGUGCCCUUAUGCUCGAGAGAAGUUUAGGAGCGAGGAUUUGGGAUGACAGCCCACUACAGAUGAAGCAGAUCGACACUAUCGGCGUUAUCGCGGUCAGAAAGCUUGUCAACGCUGGCUUGAGAUCGAUCGAGGACCUUGAAGGUUGUGAGCCUCACCGAAUCGAAGCGCUCGUUGGCAGGAAUCCACCGUAUGGUCUCACGAUACUUGAUAUGGUCCGGUCGUUCCCAAAGCUUCGCGUGUCGCUUCAUGCCCAGCCUGCGACUGUGAUCACAUCUCACGAUGGAGUGAGAAUUCAGAUCAAGGCAGAUAUUGGCUUCAUCAACGAACAGCCGCCGCAGCGUUUCAACGAUAGAUUGAUCUAUGUGUGUCUUCUGGUUGACACCUCGGAUGGUCGCAAGAUACAUUUCGCACGCAUCAGUGGCCCAAAGCUUGGUUCAGGUCAAAGCAUCACAGUCCCAGCUCUCUUGACAAGCCCAGAUCAAUCUAUCAACUGUUACGUUAUGUCUGGCAGUAUGCGUGUUGCCACCAUCAAGCCUAAGAUAGCUCCCUCCAUGUUUCCGUCGUUGAACACUCGCAAGUCAGACGUUGCAAUGUCACAUCAAUCCAACGUGUCAAAGCGUCGUACUGAAAUUACCAGACCAAAUCGAAAGCUGACAGCUACCAGCGAGGACUUCGGAGAUGGUGACUUGGACGACGACACACUUGUAGGUGCUUCUCUCCGUGGUUUCGACUUUGAUCAGAUCGAAAACUAUGCCGACCCUAUUGCAACGGUUUCACAAAGGAACGCCGAGAAGAGUAAGCCGGCCAAGGCUAAAGACGCUGGAAAGAGCAAGAAUAUCACACGGCCGCUCGAUGCUGCACCUUGUGACAAAGACGAAGAACCGGUACAGCUAGCCAACGGCAAGUGGGCAUGUAAUCACGCGUGUAAAGAUCGGCUUGCUUGUAAACACCUUUGUUGCAAGGAUGGUAUGGACAAACCACCAAAGAAGAAGGCCAUGGUCAGACGCGUCCCAUCAGGAGAAGAUCGGCCGGAACCAACGCAGAAAGCACCAGUUUCGAAAGGCAAACAAACACAGACCAAGUUCCAGCUUACAGCAUCCAAGCGAAAGGUCUCAGCGUCUAUUGACGAACUCGAUCUUACACAACAAGAGAAGAAGCAAAAGGCGAAUUUCGGCGUGAACGGCCCAAGAGAUUAUCGUGGUCUACAUCAGCUGCACAAGACCGCCCAGGGUAAAGAGCUGCCUACUUCAUUGAACUCCGUCAUGUACAAGAAACCUACCUACUGCUAUUCUCAAGGUGGUGAGCAUAGCCUUGACUUCAUGGGUUCUACAGCCGAACGGCCACCGACUUCAAGCGACUACGGAGACUUUUUGAGCGACAUACAAGAGCCUGAAGACUUCAUGGGCAAUGAGGCUGCAGCACCAAUGUACGAAUCGGAUACAUUUGGGGACGACAACUCCAUGAUGGAAGACGCUAUGAUCGGCCUUGCCGACUCCCAGGAUCUACAGGCGGUGCGCGAGAGUGAGGGUGAUAUCAUGCAGCCUCUUGAGAAUGCUCUCGAUGAUGCCGACGGUAUGCGCUAUGGUCAAGACGACAACCCCAUGAAUUCCCCAUCACUUUUUGUUGGCGGCACGAGCAGCCCUCAAGCCGAAAUCGCAGACAUAUUUGACAUGCUCGAUGAGAAGCUGGCCAAGGAUUCAUCAGUCGACGAAAAUCCGGUACCCGAAGCAUUCAAAGAUCUUGAACCAUGGAUAUUCCAAGAGUUCGGCGAUAUCGUAGAGCUUGUUGAUGAAUGAGGGAGCAUUGUGUGAAGAUACUGUGACGCAAUAGGAGGGCAGCAUGGACAAAUGCGUAUGUGUAUGUCUGUGUCGGAGAUACAAUAAGUGAGUGGUGUUACACGCGUCUUUCAGACACUGACAAUGCCAUUGUUUCCAAACUCUAGCCGUACUUUUCUUUGUUGUAUCUAUCUACGCUAUCAAACGACAUCUAACAGUGCCAUUCUGGGAGACGAAAGAGCGGGGAACCCAAUAGCUGGAAUUUCCCAUGAUCCCGUAGCUGUGGUACUUGAAAACAACGUUC